AUGUCAGUGGGGCCGGAAUAUCAAAACCCAAGAAUGCUUAGAGGAAGAAUACAGCACUUGCUUCACUGCAUGUUUUUCAUAUCUUUUAUAUAUUUAUUCCUCGUAUUUGCGGGUGCUAUCAAUCUAGAUAACAAAGAGAAACCCUAUAUUGAUCCUUUCGAAUCUUAUGGCAUCUAUGGAGCACUUAUGUUAUAUAUUUUUAGGCUCCUAACGUUGCUUACUAUACCUCAAGUUCUAUGCAAUUUUGGUGGUUUGAUAUUUUUUAAUGCAUUUCCAGGAAAAGUAAAAUUAAAAGGAUCUCCAUUACUAGCACCUUUCAUUUGUAUUAGAGUUGUGACUAGAGGUGAUUUUCCAAAACUUGUACGUGAUAAUGUAUCAAGAAAUCUGAACAUGUGUAUUGAUGUUGGAAUGGAGAAUUUUAUGAUUGAAGUAGUUACAGAUAAAGCUAUUAAUUUGCCUAAACAUAGGAGAGUUAGAGAAGUAGUAGUGCCAGCUGAAUAUAAGACAAAAACAGGUGCUUUGUUUAAAGCAAGAGCUCUACAGUACUGCUUAGAAGAUAGUAUCAACAUAUUGGCAGAAAAUGAUUGGAUUGUACAUUUGGAUGAAGAAACUUUGCUAACAGAGAAUUCUGUUCGCGGAAUAUUAAAUUUUGUAUUUGAUGGUCAACACCAAUUUGGCCAAGGUCUGAUAACUUAUGCAAAUGAACAUAUUGUUAACUGGUUGACAACACUUGCUGACAGUUUUCGUGUAGCGGAUGAUAUGGGAAAGCUCAGAUUUCAGUUCUAUUUAUUUCAUAAACCACUCUUCAGUUGGAAGGGUUCUUAUGUAGUAACUCAAGUAAGUGCAGAGAAAAAAGUUUCAUUUGACAAUGGUCUUGAUGGUUCAGUAGCUGAAGACUGUUACUUUGCUAUGAAGGCAUAUGUACAGGGUUACAGUUUUAAUUUUAUUGAAGGAGAAAUGUGGGAAAAAUCGCCUUUCACUCUUUGGGAUUUUAUGCAACAGAGGAAAAGGUGGAUUCAGGGAAUACUAUUAGUGGUUCAUUCUCGGGAAAUAGCUGUUAUUAAGAAGAUUUUCUUAGCAAUAUCUUGUUAUUCAUGGGUGACACUACCUUUGUCAACUAGCAAUAUGUUAUUAGCAGCCAUUUGUCCAAUUCCAUGUCCACACAUUUUAGAUUUAAUAUGUGGGUCCAUAGGUGCUGUUAAUAUAUACAUGUACAUAUUUGGUGUUAUGAAGUCUUUUCCGAUACAUAGAUUUGGUGCCCUUAAAUUUAUUUUGUUUAUUGGAGGGGCUUUAGCUACAAUUCCUAUCAACAUAGUAAUUGAAAAUAUUGCUGUUAUAUGGGGAGUUUUAGGCAAGAAGCACAAAUUUUAUAUUGUAAACAAAGAAGUUAAAAUACCAGUAACAGUA